UUUUUACGCUGACUGUAUAGAAAAGAUUAAUUACUUUAUCUGUUUCGAUUAUCAUAAAGUGUUAGAUUUAUAUAAAAAAUAAACUUUAUUUUACUGUUUUACAUAUUAUUCUACUUAUAUCACUAUAAAAAGUGAAUAUUGUCCAGAAAUCGCAAACAGCAAAAUUAUUUGUAAUAAUGGAACGGACCGGAAUGGAACAGAAUGGAUCGCGGGCAGGUGCUAAUAUGGCGGCUAUUCUGCUUUAUAGUUUCGUGACAUCGCCCAUUAUCUUAACUUUUUUUUAAGCAAGUUAUAAAAGUUCAGUCACUGGGUGACAAAAAAAACAAUGUCUUAAAUGGGUCCGCUUAUGUUUGACAGAUAAGCCAAUCAGCAAAAUGUCAACCAGAUCGCAACUUACGAAAGAUUUAAACGAAUCAGUGAAAGCACUACUUGGUAAGCAUGUCAAGAUAUUAUUAAAAAAUGUUGUGAAAUUGGAAACAAAGCAGGAUAAACAAGAAAAUCGUGUUCUAGUUUUCUCACCAUGUCGUCUAUUUCUUUUAACGGCCAAAGUACCCACAAGGCUCGACUGUCAUUUUCAUUACUUAGAAAUAACAUCUAUAGAAUCCAAAAGAGCAAAUCAAUUAUUAUUAACUGUUGGAGAGAGGUAUUACAAUUUUACUACUACAGGAGCAGGAGCAGAUACGACAGAGGUAGAUGCAAUGAUUGAGGCCUUACAUACUGCAAUUCGAAAUAUCUUUCCCACUGUACCAUUAAAUUAUAUUAUAAGAAAAAUAGAAGUAAUACCAGCUAGUAGAUUGCAGAGUAUAAGAGGUAGUGAGUUAGCUAGAAGUACAGAAGCAACAAGACACACUGGACCUUGUGGUGGAUUUUCAACCCAAUAUGCAUGCAUGUGCGAUUUACAUGGCGUACCAUAUAGAGAAGAAGUUGCUUGGGACGUUGAUACAAUAUACCUCUCUCAUGACACAAGGGAAUUAAAUUUAAGAGAUUUUGAUCAUUUAGAUCAAAAAGAUUUGGUGCCAAUCAUUUCCGCCUUGGAAUAUAAUACUUGGUUUACAAAACUAAGAGCAUCUCAUUUAAAAUUAAGUCAUGAACCUUUGGAGCGAUUAUUACAUGUUAUGCGCAGAUCUCUUUCCAUACAAGAAUUGUACCUAGAUAAUCUUGGAAUUAAGUGGGAUUUUGCCCACAAAUUAUCGUUAGCUUUAAUUUCCAAUGGUAAUACAAUGUUGCAAACUAUCGAUCUAUCGUAUAAUACUAUUGAAGAUAAAGGAGCCUCUAGUUUAUGUGUGAUAAUUGCCAAGUUAAUGCAAGGAGGUGCACAUAUAAGCGGACCUAUUGGUAAGCUACCUAAAGGUUUACAAAAAUUAAACUUAGCACAUUGUGGACUAACAGGGAAAGGAAUAAGUCAAGUCGCACAUGCAUUAAGUUUAAAUAGGAGCAUGCAAACUAGUUUGCAAUAUUUGAAUCUUUCAGAAAAUUCUUUAAAAGAUGACAUCAAUAAUUUGUGCAAUUUUUUAGCACAACCUAAUAGCCUAACUCAUUUAGAUCUAAGUGGUACAGAUACUACACUAGAAUGUCUGUUCGGUGCUUUACUACGGGGUUGUGCAACUAAUCUAGUCCAUUUGAAUGUUGCUCGCAAUUCUUUUUCAAGCAAAAAGACCAAAGAAAUACCUCCCAGCUUUAAACAGUUCUUUACAGCUACACUUUCAUUGAAGUACUUAAAUAUAUCUUGCUGCAAAUUGCCAUUAGAAGCGUUAAAGCAUUUAUUACUUGGUUUAGCAUGUAAUGAAAGUACUGUUGGUUUGGAACUUGAUAUGAGUGGAAAUAACUUGGGCUCUAUGGGUGCUCAUGUACUGGAGUCGUGUAUACAUGGUGUACGUUGUAUAGCAUCAUUGGAUAUUUCAGAUAGCAACAUGGAUGUUGAUCUAGCACAAGUAAUAACUGCUAUAGGAAAAAACAAAUCUAUAAAGCAAUUAUGUAUGGGCCGUAAUACUGUUAGCAUGAAAAGUAAACAUAUUGCCAUUGUAAUGGAUGCUCUUGUACAAAUGCUUCAAGAGGACGACUGUGUUUUACAAGCAUUACAUUUACCGGAUUCUCGUUUGAAGUCUGAUCUCUACAACCUUAUUAAUGCCCUUGGUAGUAAUACAUGUCUUCAUACUUUAGAUAUUAGUGGUAAUCAAAUUGGAGAUCCUGGUGCAAGAUUAUUAGCAAAAGCGCUACAGAUUAACAAUCAUUUGAGGACCAUUAUUUACGAUAAAAAUAACAUUACACUCCAAGGUUAUGCAGAUAUUGUUCAUGCUUUAGAAAAAAAUUGUAGUGUAAGGCACAUGCCAUUUCCAAUUUACGAUCUGCAACCGUGUAUGAAAACUUCUGCCGACAAAACUGAACAGUUAGCUAAGAAGAUACAAGAUUUAUUGCAAAGAAAUGUUACACCUUGCAAGUACAGCCAUGGUCAAGCCUUUAGAUUACAACAAGGGUUUUUGUUAAGCUCUACACAACAAAUGGUUGAUAGACUGGUUGUACAGACUCAGGAUACUAUUAAAGCCAUUGCUGCUGAAAGCUGUGAUGCUAAUAACGAUAUUAAUUAUGCAACUGGACUUAUACAAGAUGCGGAUAAUUCAAAGCAGUUAUUACCGAGAUUACACGAAGUACUUCAAAGACGGGAUGAAAAUAAUCCAAUUGAAUUAAAAUUACACGAUAUGGCAAAUGAACUUCAUAAAGUUGUGACUGUGUAUUUACAGGAUUCCUUAGAUGCUAUGAUAAAAUGUGCAAAUGAACAGUGUCCUACGAUACUUCAGCAAACGGUGAUUAGAGGAGAUGAAAGUGAAUCAAUUGCCGUAGAAGAUGAUCUACGUAAUAGUUGUAAAGAAAAAAACCAAAUCAGUAGUGAAUUUAUACACACCACUAUUACGGAACAAGCUGGAGCAGAUAUAGUCAAUAGAGUCAAUGAAUUAAAUUUAGCUGUUGCUGGUCAUGUGUCUGACAGAAUAACAGAUGAAGUCAUUGAAUCAUUAUCGAGGAGUUAUAAAAAUUUGAUCGGUGAUUGCGAUAGUAGAACACGAAGUAGCACACCAGAUGUAUUACGGCCUAGUGCUGGUUCAAUGAGUAGUGGAAGUGUAAUAGGUGUUACAAGUACAGUAGGUGUAUCUACGUCAUUGGCUAUUGGUAGAUCCAGCCUUGCUUCAGAAGAAGAUUGUCCACCUGAAACUUAUUCACUAGUAAAUUCUAUUGGUCAGUGUUCUAGUGAUCAGUCUCCUAUGAAAUUGGAUUAUUUAAAUCUUGCCACACCACAUUUAUCAAAUAAACGUAAGAGUUUACAUGGAAGAAAGUUAAGACCUAAAUCUGUGGUUGAUUCAGUUGAAGGACUUUCUGCUGACGACAUUCCUGAUCUAUUACCACCGUUGCCAAAAAGUCAAGCAGAAGCCAUUUCAGAAACAGAACAUUCAUUAACAGAGUCUUUAGAUUCUGUUUCUGAAUUACCUAAUACCGUGGGUCAACAAUUACAACAUUUAGUAAAAUCUAGACCUCGUAGAACGAAAACUAGAGCACCUACAAGACCAAUGUUAAGACCAGAUCAACCAGUGGAUGGUCUUGCUCUUGGAGAAGGCCUUGACGUAUUCUUUCGACCAACUACACCAACAACUCCUCUUAUAUCUCCAACAAGCGAUGAUAGCUCCUUACAUACGUUUCCGACUGAUGGCAGUCCAAAUUUAUCUCUUACGAGUUACAAAAGUAUUCCACCUGAUACGGAUAAGAAACCUGGUUGUAGUUCACCAAUGUUAAAAACGCUCCUUGAGCCUACACCACGAUCACGGUCUAGCGAUAAUUUGGAGAAGUUUUCUCCUCUCGUCGGUAGGAGAUCUCAAGGUGAUUCACCAUUAACCGCAUCCCCAUUAGCUCGACGGAAUACGACUGAUAAUGCUCAAAAUCACGAAAGAACCAUUGCAAAAUCUGAUAGUUAUAGCGACACAAGUAGUAAUAGUUUUGUCAAUACCACUGACAUUUCUAAACGUAGCACAUUGCCAAUUACUGGGUCUGGUACAAAUUCGCGUAUUUCGCGGGAUUCUGAUGAAAAUGGUAAAAUGUUACAAUUAACAACCGCUGGAAAUUCUUCAGAUAGGGAUGUAUCUCUUGCAACGUCUGUUCCUAAAGAUUACGAAAGCAGAAAAGGUUUAACGAAAAAAUCUGCCAUGGACGUGGAUAAAUCUGCAAGCCAACCGCUGCCUUCCCUUAAAUUAAGAUCGAUAGGUUUCGAUCUUAGAAGUCCAACAAACGGCAGUAGUACAAAAAAUACAUCAGAAGCAUCGAAGUCUCCAGUAUUAAAACCUUUAUCUAAAGGAAAUAGUUCUACUAGUGAUGGGAAAAGUAAUGGUGCUCUUUCAAAGACUAAAUUGACUCCACCUGCAACUGCUCCAAAACCAAGACCUUGGAGUAUGGCAACUGACAGAAAAUCCGGAGAAUUUAAUUUAUUAAGCGAUGGUUCUAGUCCAAAUACUUCAGCAGGAAACACGCCAGAUUCUGGUGAUGCUCUUGAUGAAUCAACAGAUAGUGGUGUAAGCGGACCCGCUUCGUUGCCACCAACAUUAUCAGCAAGUAGUACUGCUAGUUCUUUAAGCAAUACAAGUGUAGAAAAGCGAUCUGUCAGAGAAUUGGCAGCUAGUUUAAACAAGAGUAAAACAGAAAGAAAAGAAAAUGAGCAUACCGCACCUGCAGCAUGGAGGUCGGUGCUUCAACGUUCUAUCAACCAACCAGAUACCAAGGUAAUGGAAGCGCCGAAAACGGUUGAAGAAAAUCGAAUAAAUUAUAAACUUCGACGUACUUCAUUUCUACGUGAUUCAAAUUUUAACUAUGAUAACGAUGUAGUUGAUGUUUGACCAUGACUUAACACUAUAGUAAUUCGAAAGUCAAUGUUGUUGGUUAAUUGCACAUUAGAACAUCUUUUGUCAAAAUAUUUUAUACGGGGCACAAAAAUAUGCGAACAUAUUCUGUUUGCAUUUGUGCCAUAAAAAGUCGAAUGCAAAGCAAGUGCUAAUGUUGGAGACAGAGCAUCAGGGGUCUCUAUAAAAAGUACUAAUCUAUCGUUAAGGUGGCAUUAAAAUUCUUAUUACAAUUUCGUUUACAAAACUGCACUCUUGAUGCAGGUUACCUUAAUUUAGCAGUAAGUAUUUGUAUUUAAUGUACUAAAAAUCAAUUGUUGUCUUCACUCCAAUUACUUAAGACAUUCAUAUUUCCAUAGAAAAUAUAUUUUAUACUUUUACAUUCCCUUAGAUUCUUAGAGAAAGGUCUGUUUGAUAUUUGCAAUGAUAUUAUUUGAUCAAUGAGAUACGUUAUGUUUGUUUGAAAUUUAAAUAUUUAUGUAUUGUUUGACCAUACAUUUUAAGUAAUGGAUUGUCUAAAGACCAUAAUUUACAUGAUUUUAAUUGUUUUAAACAUACUACCCAUUGUUCUUCUAUGUGUAGAUCAGCAUAAUUUUUCGUAAUACAAGAAAGGUUUGUUUAAAUUAUUUAAUCAUAUUUGAGAUGUCUUCCGAAACAAAUUCUUUUUAAUUUUGUGAUCAAUAUUCCCCUUUAUUUUCUGAAAAAGUACCGCUUUUAAGCAUUUGUGAUUAUGAAAAUAUGAAUUUUUAUAUAAAUCGUAUUAUUUAUUACUUGCAAUUACUCAUAUUCUACUUUUACACAGUUUUAUUAAAUUGAAAACUUAUCUUAAAAAAAUAUUUUUUCAAUAACUACUUCUGAAAUCAGUAUUUACCAUUGGAAUUGAGAAAUGCACAAAGCCAACCUCUAAGAAUCAUAAAACGUUUGCAGUGUGCCAUAUAAUAAUGUUAUUACAUAAAUUAACAAAUGCCUUUGGUUUCCAUAUAAUAAGGACACACUCAAAUGAAAUUUUACAUGAAUAUAAUAAUAUAAUAUUAUACAACGCAUAUACCAUAUACAAAUAAUAGUAUCAAUGUGCAAAAGAAGGAAAUGAUGUAUUCAUUAAAAAGAUGUUAUCGGCUAUUGCUACAUUCUAAGAAUUUCUUUGCAAUAUUUGUAAUUUGUAUUUACUAUUUUAUACCUUGUUAAACAUAUAUCAUAACUAAACAAAUUUACUAAUGUUUUUCGGCUAUGUGUGUCCUCUUUUAAAGGGAGCAGCUUUUUUAUAACAGUUUUUUUUGUAUUAUAUUAAAAGUAUAUUGCGAAAUAUAAGUAAUAAUCUAUCUUAUAUAAGUCUGUUGAGACAUAGUUUUUGAUAGCAAAGAACCUAUGUAAAUACAUAUGUAUAAAAAAAUACGCAGGUAAAUUAGCUAUGCUUACAGUUUCAGUUCAUCCGGUUUAAUAAAUAUUUGAAUGAGUGUUCGAUUUUUAAUUUAUACUAAUAUUUAUGAUUAUCAAAGGAAAUAUAUACAUAUAUACUUUUUGGAUACACAUUUCUAGAAGUACAUGCUAGAUGACGAUAUUGCAUGUUAAAUUGAAUUUGCUCUUUUUAUAUUAUUCAAAAAUUUAGGACAUAUAGGUUUGGUCUAAUACAUUGAUCUGGAUAUUUGAAUUUAUACAUGUCAAGAAAUUCAUUAACGAGGUACUGAUUAAGUCUUUUGAAUGCAACUUUUUUCAGAUAAUCAAUCAUUUUAAAUCUUAUAAAGGAUUGUAAAUUAGACUGAUAACAUUCUUGUCAAAAUAUAUGCUGUACUAAAUCAACUUGACAAAUUUUUUAUAAUAAAAACAAAUCAGUAUCUCAAAAAGGUAGUUAAUCCUGAAGUUACUUAAUAAUUGAAGCUAAUAAUUGUAUGCCUAUAAUUUAAUUACUACAAUGAUAAACAUAAUAUUUGUAAACAGGUAUGGACUUGUACAUUACCAUAAGUAUAUACAGUUUAUGGUUUGUAUACAUAUUAUGUUGCAGGUGGUUUUUUUUAGAAGUAUAGAGUUUCUUUAGAAGUAUAAAAAACAGAUUACAUGCUUAAAAAACUCCCAUUGUUAUAUGAAAUUUUAUAAACAUAACGUAAAAAUUGGAAUUCAAUCUAUUGUGCCAAAAAUGUAAUUAUUUUGUACACAUACUUAUAUUCAUUCAAUUAUAAUUUAGAAGAAUUAUAUAAUUAUUAUAAAAUGGCAAACAUACAAAUUGCGGAUCAUGAAUUGUAAAGUAUAAUUAUUUUUUUAUCAUAAAUAUAAUAUCAUUAUUUUAACAAUUCCAUAUUAAUUGAUGACUCUGUACAUUAAAAACGAUCACCUGUAAUAUACAAUAUUUUAGUAUGUAAAUAUAUUGAAUGUAUCUGCAGUAUGUAUGUACUAAUGAAUGCGUGAUAUAAUAUUUAUAUUCUGAUUUUAUUCUAUACAUUCCUGUAUUAACACUACUUAUAAAUAUAUAUAUAUAUAUACAUACACGCGUGCGCGCACGUGCGCAUAGCACACCUACAUAUACACAUACAUUGUACAAUUUUAUAUGUUCAAACUCUGCUAUUAAUAUUGUUCUGUAUCUCUUUCCAUCUAAGAUAUUACUGCAUUAAAGUGUACACAGACUGGUAUUAGUAUUUAUAGCAGAUUUUGAUACAUGAUUAAAUUUAAUCAUGCAAUAUAAUUCACUAGAAAAUAAAGACUCCUAUUACAUUCAUGUACACUAAUAGUUCUUCCUAAUUAUGCAUUAGAGAAAAGGUCAUUAGAAUUAAUAUUCCUUUGUACCUAAAUAAUUUUUAUAAUUCGUUUUUGAAAAAUAUAAUGACCAUGUUCUGUAAUAGUAUUCAGAAGUUUAUUUAAUUAAUAUUAAACAUCACUGAAAUUUUACACCUUUUUAUAAUUAUAUACUUUAAUAUUAUGUAACUAAUUUCAGGAUAAUAAGCACUGGAAAAACAGCUCCGAAGUGUUUGUGACAUUUAUUUGAGAUCUUUAUUUUUAUUUCAACAUUUCUGGAAACGCAUAUUGAUAUUUGUAAAAAAAAUACCAUUUAAAUUCUAAUAAAGCAAAAAAUUGAGAGGAUCUGUUAU